AUGGAUAUUAGCACAAAUGUUGUAGCAUCCCAAAAUCAGGUAGGUAUUUUCCCCAAAUUUUUAGGGGAAGAAUAUGAUAAUUUCAUGAUUCUUGCUGAAAAGUUACGAUCUGACUAUGAUUUUGGCCAUAUUACAAAUUCGGAGCUCAUUCCUCAUGGGGAAUCAUCGAUUACAAAGCCAUCUCUUAGAUUGUUAAAGCCUUUCGAUGAACUUUUUGUUGAUUCCAAGGAAUUCAAAGUUGAUGCUAUGGAGAAGUUCAUUGAAGCAGCUAGCACUCCUCUUGUGACUCUUUUUGACCAAAGCCCAGAAUACAUAGUAUUUUUAAGCAAAUACUUUGAAAGGGAAGAAGCAAAGGUGAUGUUUUUGGUGGAUUAUACUCAUGAUGAAAUUGGCAAUUUCAAGAAAAUAUGCCAUGAAGUUGCUGGAUUGUACAAAGGGAAAGGACUAUAUUUCCUCAUUGGUAAUGUUCCUGAUAGUCAAGGUGUCUUUCAGUACUUUGGAGUUAAAGAAGAUCAAUCACCUGUCCUCAUUCUACAAGACACCAAAGAUGUGAAUUAUGUCAAGCUAAACGUGGAAGUUUCUCAGAUUGUUCCUUGGUUGAUGGACUACACAGAAGGUAUUAGAUGA